UCCAGCCGACACCUCCCCUUCUCGACUGCCUCUUGCCAAAAACUUUAUCCUCCUCAAGUACCGCCAGUCAGACUUUUCUGAAAAGUUUUGUUAACAGCGCCAAUGGGAGAAAUGACGGAGCAAAAGAACUUUUCUGAAGUUAUCACUCAGAUAUUUAAAGAAGCGCCAAAUGCCAGGAAGGACCUUGCUGAUAACCAAAGCAACCUCCUCCGCGUCGCAGAUUACUGCGAGAACAAUUAUCUUCAGGCAGAGGAUACUGAAAAGGCCAUUGAAGAGGCCAAGGGUUUGGUUGCCCAGGCGCUGGCCAGUGUGACCUAUCAGAUCAACAGUCUGGCCAGAACCCUGCUGAGGCUGUUUGACGCCCAGGCCAUGCAGAUCAAGGAUAUGGAGUCCUCAGUCAACCUGCUGUCACUGGUGAGGAACACCUUUCACCCUAAAAUACUGUACACCUGA